AUGGCAUUAUCAGAAAGCACACCUCUGGUUCCCUCCACCACCUCCUCCUCGACAGAAGAAGUCUUGGACUUUGCCAAGGCGAGCACCAAAACACUGACUUUGCUUCUCGGCUCCAUCCAAGUCUUUGUUCUGGUCUUUUUUCUGUUUGGGACGACCUAUUCCCCGGAAGAUUACUCGCCAUCCGAGUAUCAAGUCUUUCGAGAUAUCAUGGUGAUGCUCUUGCUUGGUUUUGGAUACCUCAUGACCUUUCUCAAGAAAUAUGGCCUGGGAGCGGUCGGCUUGACCAUGAUGCUCACGGUCAUUGCCAUUCUCUUGAAUGUUCCAGUGGAAUUAUUCUGCCGUUUCCUCUUUGGAGAAAAAGAAGAUACUUCCUUUCCAUUGCCGCUCAAAGUCCCCACCUUUGUUGAUGGAGAGUUUAGUGCAGCGACCUUGCUCAUUUCCUAUGGAGCUGUGAUUGGACGUGCGAGUCCAGUCCAACUCGUCGUCAUGGCCAUUUGUCAAUCCUUUUUUUACGCCUUUAACAAGGUCGUCAUUGUGUUGGGAUUUUUGGGUGCCGAAGAUGUGGGUGGCUCGAUGACCAUACACAUGUUUGGAGCCUACUUUGGAUUAGCAGUAUCCAAGGCUCUGGGUCCACCCAAGGUCUCCAGCAGCUCCAAUGCGGAACCCAGUCAAGUUUCGGACGUCUUUGCCUUGAUUGGAACGACAUUGUUGUGGGUGUACUGGCCCUCUUUUGUCGGGGCGACAGAAACAGGAGUUUCUCUCAAUGAGAAUGUCUGCGUCAUUCAUACCGUCAUGGCCUUGCUCGGAAGUACCAUCGCGUCGUUUUAUUUGAGUCAAAAGUUGGGACAUGGAAAAUUGGAUCCCGUCCACAUUGCCAACUCGACCUUGGCCGGAGGUGUUGCUGUUGGUUCGUCGGCGCGUUUGGCCAUGACGCCUGGCGGUGCCUUCCUUCUGGGUAUGGCGGCCGGUGUCGUGUCAGUCUACGGGUACAAGUAUUCCACACCAAAGCUGGAAGAAAAGUUUGGAAUCUACGAUACUUGCGGCGUGGGAAAUCUCCAUGGCUGGCCCUCAGUCUUGGGCGGACUCCUGAGCAUUGUCUUUGUGGCCAUGAACUCCGAUGCGGAAUUCUUGAAUCAUGAAGCAUUGACGCAAUGUGUAGCUCAGUUUCUGGCCGUUUUGUCGACGGUGGCAAUCGCCGCAAGUACUGGCUACGUGACAGGCAAAGUCAUGAUGAAGACGGUGGGUGAGGCGCCAGACGAAUACGAUGACAGCCUCUGGUGGGAGGGCGAAUAUUUUGAAGCCGAGGAGAAAAAGGAGAAAGUCUAA